AGGAACGACGGAGACUGAGCAGCGACCGUUCACCUACCACUGAAUAUCGACCGCUCAGUACACCAACCGUCCACGUAUCAUCAUCUCCCGCCUGUUGCCGCGCCCCGUCACGGCUUCGACCACAUACUCUCUCCAACCAAUGUCGACCCGUACCAGCACCCUGCAAAGAAGCGGCGCUAUUCAGAUGAACGGGAAAGAGAGGUGGAAAGGGAGAGGGAACGACAGCGAGAGCAAGAAAGAGAAAGAGAACGGCAACGAGAACGAGAGCAGGAGAGAGAACGGCAACAACGAGAGGAGCGACUGCUGCACGAGCGAGAACGGAUGGCAAUGGGCCAGAUUGGCUUUGGGAGAUCAGGCCAUGAGUACCAGCCACUCAGUCCCGCCGUUCCCGGUCCUUCUUUGAGACAAAGUCCCGCCCUUUCUUCUAAUUCAGCAUGCAGUCCCGCCCUUUCUCUCUCAAACAUCACAAGUCCUACCCUCCGCUCAUCGCGCCCGACGUCGUCCCGCGACUCCUUUCCACCGUCUUCAUCGUUUGCCCCGACAUUCCCACCAUCUGUCCGUGAUCCGACCUUGCGAGUCACCAGCCCCUCAAUCUUCCCUCAAUCUUUCUCAUCCCGGGACCGUGUAACCAGCCCCUCAGUCUUGCACUCUCGUGAAACCAUCGUACGCAGCCCGCCCACGUUUCAACAACAACACCAUGCCUUCGCCAUCCCACCGUUAUCACACAGAGAGGCCAUUCCCGUCCAGAGAGACUCUAGAGACAUGUUGGUCCAUAGAGACUCAAUACCGUCUCAGUCCACAUCCCACACGGAUUCUGUUACCAUGCGAUCCCGGAGGGACUCUAUGGGCUCUAUUCCGAUAUCGUCUCACUCUCAGAGGGAAGUCGCCUCAAGGGAAGCCCUUGGUAGGGAUCCGAUGUCUCACACGGAUUAUCGAGCUCGUAGGGAUUCCAUAGGCUCUCAUCCAUCGCAGGUCAUUCCGUCGUCCCAACCUUCGCAUAGGGAUUCCUUGGCACAGAUCCCAACACACAGGGAGUCUUUACCGUCUCAUCGCGAUUCACUUUCCUCCCACCGCGACUCUAUCAUCACUCAUGCUCAUCGAGACUCAAUAUCCUCUCAAGAAGGUAUUCCCCGAAUACACAGGGACUCGAUAUCUUCGCUAUCAUCUCAUUCAUCCAAUCAUGAACCCGUCUCUUCACACUUGCUGCAUAGGUCGCCCGUUUUGCCAAGGGAUCCAAGGUUGGUUCCAUCACUUCUUACUUCGCUUGGCUCACAAUCUCUUAGGGAAUCGCUCUUUGAGAGGGAAACGGGACAGCUUCAUAGAGAGAGGGACAUGAUUUCAGGCAGGGAUCCGCGUGGUCGCUCGUUUCCGAUGCAAAUUCCACCAAUCUCCACCCAUCCAUCUAUCACACAUCACCGAGAUAGAUCGCAUUCAAUCACUGUCGCCGGUUUACCUCCCCGUGAAAAUGUCGUCACCGUGCCUCCCCGUGAACACGUUGCACUGCCUCGCGAACACGUCGGCAAUCGUGAACAUGUUCGCGAACAUGUCAUCAUUGACCAGAUUACCCGUGAACACACCGCCCAUACCCCGACAAUUACCCCAAUCCCUUCCCGAGAGCAGCAGCCUGUCCCUGCCUUCCCGCCUAUCUCGAUCCAGGAGCGUGUUACAAGCCCGAUAUAUCUCAGGGAUGGAGCUCCGACCAGGGAUCGAGUCACGAGCUCGAGGGAACACCACAACGCAAGUCCUAUCUUGUCCCGGGAGCAUGUUACAAGCCCCGUUUCAGCUAGAGAACGCAUUCCAAGCCCUCUCGUAGCCAAGGAGUACGUUCCGAGUCACCCGUCAGCUAGGGAGUCCAUUGUCGUACCAAGAGAACGACUGUCCAUUGCCACCCAUUUUGACCCGCUUCAUGAGAGGGCAAUCAGUCCUAUAUCUACCAGGGAGAGAGUUCCCAGCCCUACGGUCGCAAGGGAGAGACCUCCGAGCCCCGUGGUUGUGAGGGAAAGGCACCCGAGUCCUAUCAUCACCAGAGAGCGUUUCCCUAGUCCUUUGACCACCAAGGAUCGGGAAGGUUCAAGCAUCAUUCAACAUGCGAAUGAACGCGAGGAGAGGGUUGUUAGUCCCACUUCAAGUAGGGAUCUUAUGAACACCGAGGUUAUCAUUCCCCGGGAGAGACCAUCUAUCUCUCAUCCGGAGCCUCGUCGCGAGAAAACAAGCACAUCUAGCUCGAUAUCAGGCCUCUUACAGCGGGAUAGAGUGCCAUCAACGUCGUCCUUGACACUAUCUUUGGACAUGGUCCGACAUCCACAACCAUCGUCAUCAGAACGAAUCGCCAGCCCUAUAGCCUCUUCCCCUCCAAAGGAAAAAAAGACAGUGUCGCCCAAUGUUUCGCCUCCUUCCAAGCAGCCCAUACCGCCUCCGAUAGUACCUGUUUCUUCAACGAUCAUCCCCCUUCCUACGCCCACCCAAAGAGUCGUUAGCCCAAUCAUUCCUACUCCAACGAGCAUGACGAAGCGGAGCCCUCCAGGAAGUCAGACAGGCAGGGCUAUCGCCCAUGCGCAUGUUUACGGAAAGGUUGAGGAGCAUACGCCGAAGAAAGUCGAAAUGAUCGAUGAGGUCAAAGUGGAGCGACGGGAAAGUGUUGUGCCACCAACACCUGCACCUAGCACUCCUAUGAAAGACGAGCCGAUGCCUUUGGCUGGAAGCGAGGUGGAGACGAAGCAAGCCAAGCAUCCGAAGCACAAAGAGUCAUCGCAUUUGCACAACAAGGACAAGGUCACAGAGCAGCCACCAAAGAGACCAUCAUCAGCCACCGCUCAUAAAGAGAAGCUCACUCCUCCGAAGAGACCAUUGUCUGCCACCUCCCACAAAGACGGCAUGACGCACGAGGACGCGCACGAAUGGUUCCUCGAGCAUUUUGCCGAUUCCCCUGCUCCGAAGAAGAAGAAACCGAACCAUUCCUCAUCGACAUCACUUGAAGAUGAUCUUACGAAAGAGCUGGAGAGGGAACUGGCGGAUGUUGACACACCGAUGGCUGAUGUCAAUGAGGAGGAAGCCGAACGGAUGGAAGUUGACGUGGAAGAUGAACUACUGAGUCUAGUGCAGGAUGAACCCGCGAAGGAGAAGCUCGUGUUGCCGCCUGUUCCGCCUGUCAGAAAGGCUAGCAUGAAGAAGAAGGCUUCCGAGGAGCGCGACAGGGAGUCGAUGCCGCCGCCUGCGACAACGACUGUCAAGACGAAGAAGAAGCCCGGUCCUAAGCCAAAGACCUCGAAACCUACGACCAAGACUACCGCGAAACCUGGUCCGAAAGGAAAGAAGGAGGCCCCGGUGCCUCUAAAGGGCAAGGCUGCUUCGAUUUCGGUUUCUCGAUCGCGGUCGACUAGUGUCAUGCCUGGUGACGCGCAGGAGGAGGGUCAGGAUGAAAAAACUGAAGAGAAGGAGAAGGAGGUGGAGGACGACAAAGUGUACUGCGUGUGCAAGCGCAAGUACGACGAGGGCCGCACCAUGAUUGGCUGCGAUAAGUGUGACGACUGGUAUCAUAUGCAGUGCGUGAAUAUGUCGGAGCUGGAGGUAGAGCUGGUAGACCAGUUUAUAUGUCCACCCUGUAUUCAGAAAAAUCCUCAGCUGAACUUAAAGACGACAUAUAAAACCAGGUGUCUUAAUGGACUUGAUGAUCCUGACCCUUCGUCUACUGAGGCAUGCCAUCGACCGUCAAAAGGUGCAUUGAGCAAGUAUUGCUCGCCUGAGUGCGGUGUCAAGUACAUGCGACGAAGGAUAGACGCGUAUACGGCGAGAGGUGGUAGUCGAGAGGUCCUAUGGUCCAAGGUGAAAGAUGCAGAGCGCCGAGAAGGCGUCGUGGUUCACUGUCAGACUGGUGCUGUGAUGAAGAGCAAAACCAAGGCAGAGCGGGAGAUCGAACGCUUAGCUGGUCCUCUGGAAGCGAUUGGCAAGGCACGAGCAGGAUUGCGACGUGCGAUGGAGUGUGUUCUAUGGCGAGAACGGGUAUGGGAGCUAGCGUGUCAGCGGGCCGAGGCGGGGGGCGAUAUCUGUGGAUGGGAUCAACGACUCUGCUUUGGUGAAGAGGAGUGGGAAGAAUGGGGUGAUGGUGUUGAAGAGAGCUAUGCUGCUGAUGCCGACGAUAAUGAUGCUGAAUGGUGGUGUCCUGGUCCCAAGGAUUGCGAACGGCAUCAUGGUUGGCAGUCCAUUCGCCAGGACGAUAUCAAUAACGAGAAGACAAAAGGCGAAGAGGCCAUCAUGAAGCUCACGACCAAAGAGCGGGAAAUACGCAAACAGAUGGAGGAUCUCGUCGGGGCCGAGAGCGCAGAUAUUGACAGAGACGCCAAGCCUGGGCCUUUGAAGAGCAACGGCAAGGUCAUCAACGUCAACGGCAAUGGAGUCAAGAACGUCAAGGGGAAGGUGAAGGUGAACGGGGAUGACAAGAAGACUUUGAAGAGGAAGAAGCGAUGACAGUUUUUCUGACUUUACUACCUGUCCGAUACUUACCUUGUAUUUUUAUCUCUCUUUUGUAGCCCUUUGUCUUGUCGUCCUCCGCUUUGUUACUCG